UAGGAGCAACGCAAACACCAUGUCCUCGGAGUUAAACACUAAAACGCUGUUCAGUGCCCAUUUUCUUUGUUGGCGCAUCUUGGGCAUGUUACCACCCAAAAACAGUUAUCGGCCACUAUAUCUUUUGUACUCGUUGGUCAUUAACCUUGCCGUAACUGUGGGUUAUCCUCUGCAUCUGAUCUGGGGCCUCUUCACCAGCACUACCAUGUAUGAGGUAAUACAAAAUAUGGCCAUCACCUUAACCUGUACGGUGUGCGCCAUGAAAACCUUGGCCAUUUGGUGGCGUUUUAAUAAAGUCUUUGUGAUGUUUGAAAUAAUACGACGUCAAGAUGAGCGUUUAACUUUGCCGCAUGACAUCCGCUAUAUGAGGAGAGAAGUUUAUCCGCAUGUAAGGCGUAUCAUUUUAUUGUUUUCCAUAUUGUGUUCCUUUAUUGGGGCCUCAGGUGAAUUAUCGGUUUUGGUAGCUGGCUUGUUGGGUGAUUGGAAAUUAAUGUACCAGGCCUAUUUUCCCUUUGAUGUUUAUGCCAAAACUCGCAACUAUAUAGUGGCUCAUAUAUAUCAGUUUGUGGGAAUCUCCUAUAUGAUACUACAAAAUGUGGUCAAUGAUACCUUUGGGGCUGCACAUUUGGCUUUGCUGGGUGGACAUGUGCGUAUGCUGUGCAUGAGGGUGUCCAAUAUUGGUCAUGAUGUCACGAAAACAAAAAAAGAGAAUAAUCGUGAGUUAUUGGAGUGCAUUCAGGACCACAAGGAUCUGAUGGAAUAUCGUCGCCAGCUUGAGGAAGUCGUUUCGGUCUAUAUGUUCUUUCAAAUUCUAGUGGCCGGUGCCAACAUGUGCGUUUCUUUGGUCUUUAUCAUACUCUUUGUUGAUGACAUUUUCACCCUGGCCUACUACAUGUCGUAUUUCGUGUCCAUGGUCUUUGAAAUACUGCCCAGUUGCUACUAUGGCACCUUGCUGGAGGACGAGUUUCAAAAUCUUGCCUAUGCCCUAUUCUCAUGCAAUUGGCCUGAUCAAAGCGUUGAGUUUAGGAAAAAUCUUCGCAUAGUCGCUGAACAGGCCUCACGCAGGAUGUUCGUUACCGCCUGGCUAUUUCGCAUCAAUAAUAAUGCUUUCAUCAUUGCCUGUAAAAAUAGCUAUACUCUAUUUGCCCUUGUGAUGAAUCUGAAGUAAAUUACGUCCAAGAGAAAAAAGUCAUCAAACAUCAUUUAAACAAGGAUGCGAAGAAGGCGAAAUUACUAAGUUUUUAUGAUAUUGACUAA